UCUGAGAAGGGGCGUGGGCGGUGUCAGUGUGCAGUGCGCGGACAGUCUCCUCAUUCAUCCGGCGGCGGGACAUGUUGUACUGAGCCGUACCCCGGUGACACAUCCGCCCCCCUCACACUAAGGAGAAUGCUGCGGGUGUGCAGGAAGGCCAGGGCGGCGGCGCUCGCUCAGGAGUGCCUGCGUAUUAAGACAUCACUCCACCCCCUGCGCGCUGCCAGAGCAUACGCUACCGAAGCCUCCGGACCCUCAGCUGGGAAGAUUGUUGGCGCAGGGCUACUGUUUGCUGCAGGUGGCAUUGGGGGCACCGUGCUCUAUGCUCACUGGGAUCCAAAGUUCCGUGAAAAUGUUGAAAAGUCCAUACCUUACUCUGACAAACUUUUUGAUCUUGCACUAGGACCUGCACCCUACAACCUGCCAGUGCCAAAGAAACCGCAUGAGAAGACUGGACCCUUAAAAAUCUCCUCGGUUGCAGAAGUAAUGAAAGAAUCCAAACAGCCUAAAAAAGAGACUGUAGGGGCACCACCAGCAGGCAGUGAAAGUUCAGAAGCUUCAUUGCAUGUAGCACAGAUUCUUUCUGCAACCGGUGAUGCCCUUUCAGUCCCAGCUCCUGUUGUGCAUGAAGAGGCGACCUCCAAGGCACCGAAAGCAACGGAGCAGAAACCAGAACACCAUGGUAGCUCAGAAGCUGAGCACUGUAAGGAGUGUGAGCAUGAGGAUAAACACCAUCUGAAGGAACGGCCUGCAGAGGAGGUGGCUGCUCGCCUUGUUCAGCAAGACAAGGCAGAGAGGGAGAAGAUAGACUCUAUAGCCGCAGUCCUGGAGGAAGCACUGGGUGGCACUGCCCGGAUCACACUCCAAGCCAUCUCAUCCCAGGAGGCUGCAGUGCAAGCCGUUAACUUCCACGCCCAGAAACUGAGAGAGGCCAUGGAAGACACUCAGGUUCCUGCAGAGCACAAGUCCUUGCAGUGGAGGGAUUUGGAGGAUGCCUUGAAGGUGCGCAGCAGAGCUGUGGAUGAAGCAGCAGAUUCUCUUCUUAAAGCAAAGGAGGAGCUGGAACGAAUGAAGGGUGUUAUUGAUGAUGCCAAGAAGAACGCUCUUAAUGGAGCCAAGCCUCACAUUAUUUCAGCCGAAGAGAACCUCCAUCGUAUGAUCGUGGACCUGGAUAACGUUGUCAAAAAAGUACAGGCAGCCCAGUCGGAGGCAAAGAUCGUAGCCAAGUACCAUGAACUGGUGGCCGUGGCAAGAGAAGACUUCCAGAAAGAGCUGGACAGUGUCACCCCAGAGGUGCAGUCUGGCUGGAAGGGCCUCAAGAUUUCCGAUGUAGCUGGAAAACUCGGCACCGAGGACCUGAACUCUCUCAUCGCCCAUGCCCACCGCCGCAUCGACCAGUUACACAAGCAGCUAGCAGAGUCCCGGGUGAGGGAGCAACAGCACAUCGAGACGGCUCUAGAAAGGCAGAAGCUGGAGGAUAAGCAAGCCCUGGAGUUUGCUGUGAGUAAAGCCCUGGAGCAUUACCGCGCCGAGAUCCAACUGGAGCAAGACAAGAAGGUGGAGGAGGUUCGGGAGGUGAUGGAGGGGGAGAUGAGAACACAGCUACGCAGACAAGCGGCUGCACACACCGAUCAUCUGAGGGAUGUCCUUGGCGUACAGGAACAGGAGUUCAAGGCAGAGUUCCAGCAGACUCUCUCUGAGAAGCUCUCUGAGCAAGAAAUGCAGUUCAGACGCCUUUCUCAGGAACAGCUGGAUGGUUUCACGCUGGAUAUUAACACUGCCUAUGCCAGGCUGAAAGGCAUUGAGCAGGCUGUGGAAGGGCAUGCUGUAGCUGAAGAGGAGGCCAGGAAGGCCCAUCACCUCUGGUUAUCUAUUGAAGCUUUAAAGUUCACCCUGAGAACAGCCUCUGGCGAGAGCCCCACCGAGCCCCUGGAGAGUGCCGUACAGGGGAUCAAAGCCAGCUGCUCCAGUAAUGAAUUCACAGAAGCCCUGACCUCUGCACUCCCCCAUGAGUCCCUUCACCGAGGUGUUUAUAGUGAGGAAGCCCUCCGCGCACGCUUUUAUACCGUCCGUAAUCUAGCCCGCCGGGUGGCCCUCAUUGACGAAACCAGAAACAGUCUGUACCAAUACCUCCUCUCCUAUCUGCAAUCCCUUCUCGUAUUUGAACCGAAGCAGCUAAAACCUCCAAGUGAGUUGACCUCUGAGGAUCUGGACACAUUCAAACUGCUCUCUUACGCUUCCUACUGCAUCGAGCACGGCGAUUUAGAGCUGGCAGCUAAAUUUAUCAAUCAGCUGAAAGGAGAGUCUAGAAGGGUGGCCCAAGACUGGCUGAAGGAGGCCCGUCUGACCCUGGAAACCAAGCAGGUCAUCGAUAUCCUGUCUGCCUACGCCAGCGCAGUUGGCUUGGGCACAACACAAGUACAAUGAUGUAAAGGGAAGUUUAAAUGAAGUCAGAAUUGUUGCAGUGUUGAAUCCAAAUACCCUUUUGUCACACAGAGAGAACUUUAAUUUAUAGAUUGCCGGAUGCUGAAGUGCAGUGGGAUUGGCCAAUUUGCAUACAGUGAUCAGCAAAGCGCAAUAUUUAAAGUGUCAGCCCAAUAAAUUCCAUCGAUGAUUCUGAUUUAAAAAAUCGGUUAGCGGCAUUUCUUUCUUUUCAAUAUUAGGGAUUUUUAUUACGUUUUUGGUUAUUGCUCCUGCCUUAAAAAAAACCUGGUGCAGCAGCGAGAGUCGCACUCCAAGAUCUGCAUUCUUAAUAACUGAUCUAAAAAAGUAUCUAGUAGAGCGGGAUCCCUUUUACACCUGCUGGUGGUGAAAAAUGUAUUGGGUAGAGCGUGAUUCCCUUUACACCUGCUGGUGGUGGGCAGUUCUGGUGAUCUAAGUGCACAGGGAGUACAAGAGAUAUCAGAACAUUGUCUUCCCAAGGCUGACCCUUUCCGUUGCCUUCUGCUUGUCACUGAUCCCAAUUGAAUGAAUUAUGGGCUGUGUCCUGAAAUCUCUCGGGUGUUGGAGUACCUGGUGGACUAAGUACCAACAACAUAAUUCUAUGUCUGCCUCAUCCUGGGCUUUGAAUCUUUGCAAGUCUGGCACUUAUUAUAGUAUGGGCAAUGUACCCAUUCUAGAAGAGUGGCAAAAGCAUUCAUUGGUUAUGUCAGCCUGAGUAUUGUGUGACCAGCUUUAAAUGAAUGUUGUGUGUUGCAUAUAAUGUACCCAGCUCAAGGUGUUGCCUUUACCCCUCCUAAGCACAGGGGGCAGACAUAGCCAUACCAUUGUGCCCAACAACACAGCAAUUGGGUGUGAGAUGAAAACAUAGGCUGUAAACUGGGCAACUGUUGCAUUUUUUUUUUUCUUUUUGUGCAUCUCAUUUAUAAUGCACUAUUUUCUACUAUUUUGUGAGACAAAUGGCAGAUUUAUUGCAGAAAAUGCUUGGAUUUCAGCCUAUAUAUGUUCUCCUAGUUGCUGUGUAAUUUGAGGACAGGUCCUUUUUACAAGUGCUGGAACCAGGAAGAAGAUUCAGAUUUCCCUUGUUAUAUCCUGGCAUGACACACUAAUUCCUAGGAAACAAAUGGCAUCUUCCUCACCAGAGGUUUAAUGGUUUAUCCCUUUUGUGACGUGCACUGUAAACACACAAAGUUGUGGUCUCACUAAUCGUACAUAGAAGGUCCAAGUUCUGAUUGUUUGGCUUUCUAUUAUCACAAUGAUGGGUUUGUGUUGUAUUUUGCUAACCCUUCUCACACCAGAUGACGGAAUUCCUUGGGCUUCCUGCACCUUCCAGCAACCUUUUCUCCCCUGCCCAGUGCUUUUUUAAGUUUUCAGGUUUUACUGAUCCAACCAAAAUGUAAUUUACCCUUUUCAAUUAUUCGUUAUAUAUCAGUUGGGACAUCUAAAUAAAACAAUCACUCUCAUCUUGUC